UUUUUUUUUUUUUAUUUCUAUUACUGUCUCUGCUCAUUCCAUCAUGUUACCUACUAUUUUAAAACAACAUCCUUAUAUUAAAUAGGUUGUCGAUCUAUCUUUCUUUCAAACACAACGCGUAUGCUCUCCUCCACCAAGAAACCUCCUACGGCUAUUCUCUUAACUAAUAUGGGUGGUCCUGAAAAAUUGGAUGAUGUUCACGAUUUUCUUCUCAAUCUAUUCACUGAUCGUGAUAUCAUGAAACUACCAUUCCAGGCAAGUCUUGCAAAAUGGAUUGCCAAACGAAGAACACCAAGUAUUCGUGAACAAUAUGAUUCUAUUGGUGGUGGCUCUCCUAUAUUGAAAUGGACUCGUAAGCAAGGUCAAGCUAUGGAAAAGCUAUUGGAUGAUUUGUCUCCUGAAACAGCUCCUCAUAAACAUUAUAUUGCAUUCCGGUAUGUGGAACCAUUUACACAAACAGCAUUGGAAGAAAUGAAAGCAGAUGGGGUGAAACGUGCAGUGGUAUUUACUCAAUAUCCUCAAUAUUCAUGUUCAACUACAGGCAGCAGUAUGAAUGAAUUACAACGCGGAAUUGUCAAGAAUGGAAUGGAAAAGAUACAAUGGAGUGUGAUUGAUCGGUGGCCUACACAUCCUGGAUUCAUCGAAGCUAUGGCAACCAAAGUGGAACGUCGACUAGCUGAAUACACACCUGAACAACGCAAGGAUGCCAUCAUUCUUUUCUCUGCUCAUUCUUUACCUAUGGCGGUGGUCAAUCGAGGUGAUACAUAUCCUGCAGAAGUAGCAUCCACCGUGGACCAUGUGAUGAAACGACUUGGUAAUAAAUAUCCUUAUCGAUUGAUUUGGCAAUCUCAAGUAGGUCCUCAACCAUGGCUGGGACCACAAACUUCGGAUGUGAUCAAGAACUAUGGCAAAGCUGGAAAGAAGAAUUUGGUAGUAGUACCUAUUGCAUUUACAAGUGAUCAUAUUGAAACUUUAUUUGAACUUGAUCAAGAAUAUGCCAAAGAAGCUGCAGAGACGGGAAUCACUGGAUGGAAACGUGCUGAAGCUCUCAAUGAUGAUCCUAUUUUUACCAAAGCCAUGGCCACUAUUGUGAAUGAACAUUUAAAGUCCAAUCAAAUGGUUUCACCUCAAUAUUAUCUUCGUUGUCCUGGAUGUACCUUUGAUAGUUGUGGUAUAACAAGGGAUUUCUUCAAAUCAUAUGAUCCACAACAACAACAAUAGAUAGUUUGUACA